UCUCCCUCCCACUGCACAGAAGGUUCUCAGCUCCUGGCCAGCCUCCCCAGCCCUGCUCCAUCAGGUGCGGACUUCCAGGGGACAGCAGGAGGCCAGGUCUGUGACAGGGGAUCUGCUCUCAAAAGCACACAGAAUACAGAUGAGAAGACUUUAGGAUUACUGUCAUUGCUGCUGUUAUUAGAACUGUUACAGUAGGCACGAUGACCCAAAACAUGGUGACCGUGAAUGGGGUCGAAGUGGCGUCUACCCCGUCCCAGCCCACCCACAUCAGCAUCCACAUCCACCAGGAAUCGGUUUUGACACAACUGCUGAAAGCCGGGGGCUCCCUGAAGGGGCUCUUUGCCAGAUGGCGGGACCCGGGCCCUCGCAAGACUGGCAUAAGCUACGGGCUGCUGGCCGGAGGGGUGAUCCAGAUACUGCUGGGGGCACUGAGCUGUGCCUUAGGAGUGCUUCUGUACUUCGGGCCCUGGACGGAGCUGAGGUCCUCAGGCUGUGCCUUCUGGGCAGGGUGUGUGGCGAUCGCGUCAGGAGCUGGGGCCACUGUCCACGAGAAGCGCCGGAGCACCCUUUCUGGCUGGGUGUCCGGUCUGCUUGCCCUGGCUGGCAUUGCCACGGCCGUGGCUGCUGUUGUCCUCUGUGUGAACAGCAUAACCUGGGAAAAUGACAUCUUCUCCGACUCUGUAUGUGACUCUGUGGUCCCUAUCCCCACAACCUCAGACUAUGGAUGGGGGAGGCCAUACGGUUACAGACAGGCCUCGUGGACUGAUGAGGAGUGUGCACGCUUCAUGCAAAAGCUGGAGAACUUGUUCCUAGCAAUCCGUAUUCUGCUCCUGGCUGUCUGUGCCCUGCAGCUCAUUGUGUCCUUGGCUUCCCUGGGCCUGGGGCUUCGAGUGUCAUGUGCCCAGAGUUCCCAGUCCAUGGAUGAAGAAGACUUGGAGAAGAAGCUACUGGGGAACAAAUCAGUUCCUCCCUCCCCCUCCAGGGAGAAGACCACUCCCGCCAUGCUCUUGUGAGCAGCCAGAGACCCUUGCCUGGACCCCCGCUUGUCCCUCCAGAGCAGUCCAGGGCCUGUGGAGAUGACAGUGUCCACUCCUAGGGCCCCUCACUACCCUGUCCCUCACACUUGCCUCUGUUUUGGCCACUAUCAAACCCCUCCUCCCUCCCUACCAUCCUUAGCCCAGUGUCUUCAAUUCAGUGAGCACUGAUUAAAAGAGACAAUCACAACGCACACUAUGAACCAAAAA